CCCUGAGAGCGAGAACCCAGAAAGCAAGAACAGAGUGCCAUAAUCAGAUCUGGGUUGUGUUUUUAAAAAAAUACUGAGGUGCCCCCAGUUAUCUAAGUGGCAGCUGUCAAGAAUUACUCCCCACUUUGAGGGGCCAAUUCGCCAUUAAUAUCACUCAAGCAGCACGUCCUUGUUUCUACGCCUUCCUCCUGCUGAUCUCCUGUUCCCUCUUUUCUACUGAACACCUGUUGAUAGGUGACACAAGCUAUUAUUUUUGUGGUCAUUAAGGGAAUGCGAUCAGAGCAUGAAAGAGAACCCAAUCUCUCCUGAGAAGGAACAGCUCUUUUGCUUCAGGUUGUUUUGAGGAGUGCUGAAGGUGUUAUUAUGCUGGCUUGAGUAAUACUUUUGUAGGGUUUUUUUUGUUUUUUUGUUUUUUGUUUUGCAACUGUGUGUUCGUGUGCCUGUGCGGGGCUUUAUUUCCAAGUUUGCCAUGCUGCAGCAAAUUCUGCGGGAUAUGUACAUUGAUCCGGAGCUACUGACUGAACUGAAUGAAGAACAGAGGCACAUCCUUUUCUACAAGAUGAGGGAAGAGCAGGUCAGGCGGUGGAGGGAGAGGGAGGAAGCCCAAGAAGAAGAGGCUGCACUGAAGAAGACAGCGAGACUGAGGCAGAAUAAUGGCAAACAUGUGCAGUGGCAUCGUGGGACUGAUGGUGAGGUCUGGGUUUGGAUUAUGGGAGAAGCUCCUGGAGAUAAACCAUAUGAGCAGAUUUCAGAAGAACUCAUGGCAGAAAGAGCAAGACAACAAGCCCAGAAGGAAGCAGAAGAAUUAUGGAAGCAGAAAGAAGCUGAAAUUACAAAGAAGUUCCGGGAUGCUAUGGCAAAGGAAAAAGCUCGAAUAGUGGCAGAGAAGUGGAAAAUAGAGACAGAAGAUCGCAAAGCAGCCAAACUGAUGGAAGAGAAAAUCCAGGAGGAGUUAAAGAAAAGGGAAGAAGAAGAGAGGCAAAGAGGUGAAGAGCAGAUACGAGAACAGGAAGGACGGAGAGCUCAAGAGCUCUACCUGAGCCUCAAGCAAGCGCAUCAAUAUAGCCAACACAAUGAAAAGGAAGACCAUGAAUGGGAAGAACAGCUACGUCGCUCAAAAGCUGCUGAUGAAGAAAGGAGCCAUAAAGCACGCCGGGCUCGGGAUGAGUAUCGGCGGCAAUCCUUGCGAGCCAUCCGAAAGGGUAAAGUGGCCGGUCUAAGCAACCUCUUCCAAGCAGCUGGUCUGAAUAUUGAACAAGAAGGAAAGCUGACCAGUGGCUGUCCUGUUCUACCUUUGACCAUGGUGGGACCAACCAGCAAAGCUUGGGAACGGCCUCUAAGGCCUUUCUCCAAAGAAGUCAUAAUUCAGUGGUUCAAAGAAGAGCAGCUGCCCCGGCGUGCUGGAUUUGAAAGGAAUACGAAUACUGUUGCUCCUUGGUUUCAUGGUAUUAUUAGUCGCCAGGAGGCAGAAGAGCUGCUGCUGAACAAAUCUGAGGGAGCGUUUCUAGUGCGAGUCAGUGAAAAAAUAUGGGGAUAUGCCCUGUCUUAUCGCCAUCAGAGUGGUUUUAAACAUUUCCUGGUAGAUGCUUCUGGAGAUUUCUACAGUUUCUUAGGGGUGGAUCCCAACCGGCAUGCAACACUCACGGACCUUAUUGAUUUCCACAAGGAGGAAAUAAUCACAUCCUCUGGUGGAGAGUUACUCCUGGAACCUUGCAGCCAGAUGAAGAAUCCACCUGACUAUAGUCCUUUAUUUGAAUGACUGUCAUUUUAAAAUUAAGACUGUAGCAAAUGUUUCUGGAGAAUAGAACUAAUUAGUCAAACAACCCUGCCUUAAGAAAUAAGGUAUCAAUAGUCAUCAGCUAAUGACCAGCACAUUUUAAUCAAUAAAAUGCUUAGGUAGACUAUCCAAAAUUUAAUCUGCACAUGUAAUUUCUAUCAUUAGGAAAGCAAACCUGGAAGAACAUGAAGACAAUUUCUUUACCAUUGUACUUCAAGAUAUAGCUAAACCACUGCUGAUGAUCAAGAAUCAGAUUAUAACUUUUCAAUUGAUUCACAGUAAUAACAAAUAGCAAAGGAGAUGAUUGAUGAUAAUGAUGAUAGAACUAACAAUUUAGCUAGCAUAGCAUGAAUUUUGUAAUUCUCCAAAUUAUAGUAUUUGGGAGCUAGAUGUAUGGCUGCAAAAUAUAUAGUUUGUGCUAUGAAAAUGUAGUAAUAGGUGUUUUUUGAAUUUCAAACUACACAUGAUGGCAGCACAUCCAUUUGUUUCAAUCUGGGUCUGCUGCACUGAUCACCUAGAGUAUGUAUGAGAGUGGGUGGGGUAGGGUGGGGUGGAGGUCCAGUUUUCUGAUUUUUGGAGCAAAAAGGGUGGAUGGGUGAGGAAAACUUCACCUACCACUUCCAUUGCUGUAGACUUUUCUCCCAUCCAGGCUCUCAGCUUGGCUGUGGAGAAAAUUGCCUGGUCUCAGGAUAGACUGCACAGAGGUAAGCCACAGGCAGUGGAAAGCUUCUUUUGUUCUCUAAAAUUCAGAUCCCAUGCCCCUUUCUCUACAUGUGGUUUGGGCAGAUCCAGGAUUAAACCAAUGGUCUGCUGCUGUUGUGUGUAGUUUGUACAUAUGUGAAUGGGGAAAGGCACACUGAAGCUAUAGGUUCCAAAGUUCUUGAAGAAGAGGGUGUACCAGCCAUUAGACCCUCCUUUUCCUCCCUGGAAGCGGCUUGCUCAGGCUGCUUGCCUGCUCUUUCAUGGCAAAGAGGGACUUCCUUAGGCAUCCUUAACUGCAUGCUAGAUUGAAUCCUUAAAUAAAGAAGCCUACCUUUUGUCAUCUGGCAAAUGCUGGAGGAUGUAAAAACAUAUCAAGUUUAAAGCUGCACUCAUUACCAACUUUUUAUAAGGAACAAUAAAUACUGCUGAAACAUGGAAA